GUCAAGAAAAAGGUUCGACUAGCGAUUAGUGUUGGGGUUUCUGAGUUAGCCGUUAGGAAACCAAAAGUUGGACGAAACCAGAGCAAGAAGCCGUGACAAUGACAAAGAAGGGCGAAGGAGCAGAACCACUUCAACUGUAAUAACCAACAGCAACAGUAUGCCCACCAAAGACCGUGCAACAGCUCGUAGCCAGGUGGCGCAACAAUGGGCGUCUCGACGGCAAGAACGGUCCAGCAUCCACCAACAGCAGCAGUCGAGGUCCUCCAUUACUUCCUCGCAACGUCCUCCUUCCAUCACCCUAGUACCUUCCCUUUGCCAUGCCAUUGGGAAAGCCUGGCAAGAAGCCGUGGCCAACAUUGCCAACGCGUGGAUUCAUACUAAUGACAACAACCAUAACAACAACAAGUUGGAAUCCGAUACUACCGGUACCAAUAAUAAUAAGUUCAAAGGCACCUUUCCAUCUGUUCUACAGAUUUUGCAAGCCAGUGCCUUGCAGGAACAAGUCGAACAAUUCGCCCCAGAAAAUGAAGAAGAGAAAGAAGCACUCCGUGUACUACCAGCGGGAUAUGAUUGGAAUCAAGCCAUUUGGAACAUGGCAGAGUCCCGAAGUCGUGCCUUUUUGCUACUCGAUUUGGCAUCCAUUGUUCCCGUACUCGUCCAGUGGAAGCGACAGCUACCCAGCAGUCCCAAUAAUAAAAUUGCAUUCCUCUACACGGUACAAUACAAUGCCAAUCCUAAAUUGCUGCAAUUGCUAUUACGAAGUCAAGUAGGAUUGGUCUGUACCAACAAGUGGGAUCUCAUCAAGUGUCGACAAGCGGUACAGCAACUCGCCGACAAAAGUAUUAGUUGGAAUGACAAGAAUAGUAAUAUUAUUCAUGACAAUGCCAGUCAAAUUGGAAAACCAGAUGGGUACCUACGGCAGUUGAUACUCGACGACGACGACGGUUGUGGAGUCAAGACUGUUGUGGUGGAUGGGCCACAAGAAGUCACCAGAAUCAUGGCGGCUUUGGAACGAAUGCGAAAACGUCGUCGAAGACAAACAACAACUCAUCCAGAACAACCAUCCGAAACAACAACAAUGAAUGACAAUCAAGACUUGUACUUUCUUCUAAGACUGCCUGAAACUGCUGAGAAGGAAACACAACAAGCUUGGUUGGAUUUGGUAGACACAACGACGCAGCAAAUUGCAAAAGAACAGACCAAAUCAGUCGGAAAAUUGUCCCUGGUGGGAAUCAGUUUGGAUGUUGCAGCCUAUUUGGACCAAACAGGCAUAGAGAACCUUCUGGACCGGGUGGAAGAGGACUAUCUGCAGCAUUUUGCAACGAAAGGGCCUGGAGUGCGCUUGGAUUUGACUGGCGUCACCAUGCCGCCAACAGAAGAGACGCUUGACUUUUGGAAGACUCUGGCGGAACGACCCAAUCUUGCCCACAUUACAGUAGAUGUCAGCCAUGCAUUGGUGUCACCUGCCGGGGCAUUGUGUACUCGUAUCAUUGGUGUCCGCCAAAUCAAACAAGACGACAACAACAACAACGAGUCCAAGAAGAAUGAUGACAAAACAAGCAUUCAGAUGCAUUAUUACAUUGAUGACGGAUGCUAUGGAUCCUUGUAUACCGCGGCGGAGCACAAUGCCAUUUCCAAUCCUUUGCCACUUGGAGUGGAUCAUGGUGACGACGACGAGGAGGACAAAAAUGACAAUGACAGUGCUUCUCUCACAUUCACAUCCACAGUUUGGGGUCCAACCUGCGAUGGAUUGGACCGUGUUUGUCGCGACAUUCCCUUACCCAAGUUGCAUCGUGAUCAAUGGUUGGUCUUCCCCAAUUUGGGAUGUCACAUUGGAGAAGGCUUGGGGACACAAUUCAAUGGAUUCGACCCGCCCGACACGGCCUAUUGCGUGCUUGGCUAUUGGGGUUCCACGAAGCAGUAGUACCGCAGCAGGAAGUGAUUAGAAAUGAGCAUGGCGACAAGAAGGAGCACGUACCUGAGAUUCCAGUGGCCCUCACCGGAGUCCAAUCUCCGGGAAAGGGGGGCGGAAGGCUGGAGCAAAGUCUGAGGUGUUGUCGUUACGAGUACAGUACCGGUACGACUGUACCGGUAGCUCUUUGGCUUCGGCGAAUGCCAAUCAUUUUUAUCCCUUUCCCUAUCUGUCGUGAAUGCAGACGCUCCCAGACAUGGAUUUGCCUCAUUUUUUCGGUCAAAUGCUUCGCUUCCUGUCUCAUAUCUCAUACUU